UGACAUUUCCUUGCUGGGUGCCGCGACGAUGGUUGGAGCAGCGUCGAAGCAGCGCGGGGUGACGCGACGGUAGGAUAGGGGAGGGAAAUACUCGCGGACGCGCCGUGUCGUACCCCGUCGGUCGCUCUCCCUUCCUCCCGUAGCGCGAUCGUCCGCGAGAGUGGCCUCUUCGCGGAAACGCCGUAGUGAAUUGUCUGCUCGGCGACGAUGACAACGACGACAACGACGACGACGACGACGACAACGACGACGAAGACGAAAACGAGAACGAAGACGAAAACGAGGACGAGGAUGAGGGCAAGGACGAUGGCGAUGGCAAGCGAGUCCACGUUCCCGAAAACGGACGACCGUCAGUGGCGCGACACCACCAGCAACGUCACGUUACGAUCGUCCCUCCUUCGUGGCGGCCGUUAAAUCGGCGUGGGUCGAUCGAGAGCCGGGGAGAGUAGGGGGAGGAGGAGGCGAUUUUUAGCCGGCGGAGGGAACAGCGGGAGAAAGAGAGAGAGAUAGAGAGCGCGUUUCCUCCUCGAGGCCGAUUAACAGUUGGCCCGAGGGACGCGAGGCGAUCGAGUCGGUUUCUUCGGUGCGGCCGCGAGCCUCGGCCGAGGCCGAGGCGCAAUAAAUAUCGACCACGGGAGUGGAGGCUUAGCGAUGCGAAAAGUGGACCAUUCGAUCGGGCCACGUCAUAUUUCCUAGCGCCCGGCACCGUCGUCGAAAAGGCGCGAGAUGCAUUACGAUCGUGACAUGUGCACGUUCCCGGGAGGGUGACUCGUGCGCUUCCGAUUUAUCAGCGCGCGAAGCCCCCUCCCCGGGUUAGACUCGCGCUCGCAGGCCCGCCGUGGUAGAUUCUUCGCGACCUAGACGAGACGUUGGUGCGGUGCGGCGAAACGCCGCUUUUCGGAUCCUGGCGAAAUAUGGUGGGCGGGGGCUGAAGAAACAUUGGUAGGAGGGUGCGACUAUAGAGGCGGCGACGCUACGAAAUAUAGCAUUUCGGAAUGUCGGUACAUAGCAAUGUAUAAUAUCAAUUCCCUAUAGUUCCUGUCAUGAAUCAUAUUGAACUAUGGCCAACGAUUCGUCCAUAGUAGUGCUAGAAGUAUCGGUCGGUAGUAACGUGGAUCCCCCGGUAUUGCGACAUGUAUAUCGAUGGACAUUUCGGAAUUGUCGAUACAUGCUAGUACGAUGAUGCAUUUAUGGCAGUGCCAACGCAGUGAUAGUGUAAGGUGAUAGUGCUCAUGCGACGCAUUGCACUUUUCGGAUGUCCUACCGCACUGUUAACGCAGUACUAACAUACUAAGUGGGCGUGCGGGGGUGACUGGAGUGAUGGGAUGGGGCCAGAGCCCCAUGGAGUUCGGGUAGACCCGUCUCCGGCCCAGCUCCCCAGCCCCCUCCGCCAUCGAUAUCGACACCGCUCCUGCCAGCGACGCAGAGGGCCGCCUCGAUCGCGAUGGAGGCCUCUAGCAAUCAACAACAAAAAGAGAAGGAGCCACGCGUUCACAGGCCUUACGCCUUCGACAAGAUGGAGGGGCUGGUGCGGGAGAUGCAAGACCCUGAGAGCGGGGUACCCGUGCGCAGCCAAAAACAAUUUCUCACCUCGAUCCCCUCAGCGUUCAUGGGUGAGUGCCAUCGGUACCUGCGUUGUGGAGUAAGCGUAAGCGGCCAUCACGGCCAGGACACUACAGUAGGCUGCCUGCGUGUUGCAGGUUACGACCUCAUCGAGUGGCUGAUGGAGCGGCUUGCCAUCGAAGAAUCAGUAGAGGCGGUCCAUAUUGCUAAUCAACUAUGCCAGUAUGGCUACUUCUUCCCGGUGAAUGACUCCAAGACACUUACCGUUAAGGACGAUAGCUCUCUGUAUAGGUUUCAGACACCCUAUUAUUGGCCGUGGCAACAUAAAACCCCCGACAACGUGGACUACGCGAUCUAUCUGGCUAAACGAACUCUGAGGAACAAACAACGUCACGCUCUCGAGGAGUAUGAGAUCGAAGCUUUGAACAGUCUGCGCAAGAACUUGCAGAACAAGUGGGACAUCAUACAGCUACAAGCGGAAGAACAGGCUCAGGUACGCCUAUCCAAGGAGCGCAAGAAAGGCGACAAGAUAGUAAGCGACUCACAGGAGCGAGCAUUUUGGAGAGUCUAUCGGCCGCCACCCGGUUGUCUGAGUAGCCUGGAAGUCGUGCCCGUACCCACUUUUCGUCCUGGACUUCCACGGCCUCCGUCACGCAAACGCACUCCUACCGAUCUACAACGUGAGGUGGCCCUUCUGCGGAACAGUUUGACGCGCACCAGGAUAAAGGUUUCGACUGCGAUCGAAAAUUUUAAAUCAUACUUUGAAACGUACGUGGAAUACGAUCCGAUGUUCGUACAGCCACAACCUUCCAACCCAUGGAUCACCGACGAUCAUACGUUUUGGCAACUGAAUAGUCCCUUAGUGGAAGUUCCUACAGAGAAACGUGUUAAACGAUGGGCGCUGUCGAUGGAAGAACUUAUGUCUGAUCCUACAGGUUUACAAGAAUUCACGAAUUAUUUAAGAAAGGAGUACAGCCACGAGAAUAUAAGAUUUUGGCUGGCGGUCAAAGAUCUCAGGCAUAGUUUUCAAGCACAAAUACCCGACAAAGUCAACGAAAUUUUUAGAGAAUUCCUGGCACCUGGAGCUCCCUGCGAAAUCAACAUAGACGGGAAAACGAUGGAGAAGGUUCAUCAGGAGAUGAAAAAUCCGAGCAGAUUUACAUUCGAUUCCGCCGCGGAGCAUGUAUAUACGCUAUUGCUGAAGAAGGACUGCUAUCCUAGAUUCAUUCGUUCCGAUCAAUAUCGUAAUCUCUUAGCUGCCGGCGUGCAACCUCUGCAGAAGAAGAGAUUUUUCGUGUUCGGCGGCCAAGCCAAGAAGAAAGUUUCCUCCACUUCGACACCAACGUCUAGCACUUUGCAGCACUCUAACAUAAGUAGCGGCGGCAGACGACGGGGAAGCGACCGGAGCCUGUCCGGAAGCGCUCACGAGCUCGCGGUGUGCGGCGUCCGCGACGUCACCUCCGCACCGCGAGUUCCGCACUCCCACAGCCAGUCGAAUCUCACCGACAUCCCAUACAGGGGAGAUCUACCACGACUCGUAAAGAUACCUUCGAGGCCUAGUCCACGUAGUAUUCAGGAUGCUGGCGCGACGGAAGCGGCAGCUCGCCCUAUGGACGACGUGUGUCCGUGGGAGGCCGUGCCGGGCCCGAGCACGGACCCCGGAGGACCGGGGGACGCCGCGUCCUCUGGCAGGACAGCGUCAGCUGAUCAGGCCCGACACGUGUGGGACAGUGGCGGCUACGCGACGACCGCCCACUCCGCCGAGGCCGCGCGCGCCUCCCGGAAGAAUUCGGCGCAGUUGGACUCGUGCAGCUCGUCGUCGGACGUCAGCCUUGCUAUCGCGGACGUCUCCGAGCGGCUGCGGAAGUCGUGUAGUUUGCAGCAUAGCGGUAGCGUAGGUACAUCGACUUCAGGCCCCGGCACGAUAACGCGCAACUAUUCCACCUGCUCAGCGAGCGGCCGUAUCAGGCUGGCCGAGAUAGGUCGCGCGUCCGUGUCGUCCUGCAACUAUCCGUCGCCCCAGCAGUCAUUCGAGUAUUCCCACGCGGUGGUCGAAAAGGUGGAGGAGAUGUCGUCCCUGGAGAAGAUCGUGCCCGAGGAGGAGACCGUCGCGGAAGUAGUCGUCGUCAAGGAGAGCCAGCCGAGUCCCAAGACGAGCGCGAAGGCGCCCUUGAUCAGCAUCAGCGCGAUCGUGGGCGACCUGCCGAGCGACAAUUCCACGAUGGAGAACGCCGACGAGGAGGCGAGCGAGAGCUGCACGGCCAAGGAUGUGGGGGAGAUCGUUGCCGAGGAGAAGACGAGAGGCGAGGACUCGCGGGCCGACACCGGGGCGGACGUGUCGCCAGUGGCCGAGGAACCGGCGACGACCGAGGAGCUGCCCGAGGAGGCGCAGGUCGUGCCUGUCUGGGAACCAAAUGCCCAACAGGAGGACCGACCGGCGGCGGCGCAGGCAGUGCCUCGGGAGAAGCGUGACAAUAAUGUUAACGAAGUAUGCCCGUGGGAGGACGAGGAAAACUGUAGAGUGGAUGCACCCUAUGUAAAAACCUAUGCGACUUUAGGUUACUUGUAAUUUGUCGUUGAUAUUAAAUCUUGCAUUUUACAUUUACAACAUUCACAAAUUCGAUUUCCACUUUAAUCCACUUUACUGAGCUCGCGUGUCCAGACCCUUGCGCGACGAAGCUUCGAUCGCUGCGUUAAUUAAGCGAAGACACACAAGCAUCUUUCGAGGAUAAAGUUUACUUACACGGAAGCAUUGGAGGAUUUAAUAAGACGAGUGCACUUGCAGUCGCACGAGUACCGAUAGUAUUCCAAUAUACUGCGGGCGGAUUUUCCACGAUUUUGCGUCGGUAAUCACGAUGUUGCGUGCAAUGGCAAGAUUGCGAGCAGUUCGUUCGAUAGAAUCGAUAGACGCGAAAAUGUAUGUAUGUCGCGGGACGAAACACGACCGUCUAGUCUCUAACUUUGCAUCGAGUCACUAUUUAUAUCGUACGUAUAUGGCCUAACGCUCCGAUUCGUUUACUCGAGAUCGUCGGGAUUCGUUUGGAAUCUCGAUUGACGGUCAAGGACCCGGAGCUCUUUCGUCCUUUCCGAUUACUAGAGUUAUUUAAUCUCUACCGUUUGUACCAUCCUUGGUAUACGCGAGCCGCGUUGGCAAAAAUAAAAAGUACGCAAACAUUAUUUGUCAAAGAGGCAGAUCGAGCAUUAUUGUUUCAAAUUAGAGCGCAGUCUCCGAUGUUGCUCCUAGAUUAACGUAGAUUAACGUAGACUAGAAACCUAGAAGAUGUGUCGCGUGAUAAAAGUAGCGAUAGAUCAUCUAUCUCUCUCUUUCUUUCUCUUUCUCUCUAUCUCUCUUUCUCUCUGUAUUGAGUAAAACGUUCAACGGCGACGUGUCGCCGAGCAAAGUAGCGGGUAAAUUCGAGUGCGCGGAUUGGGAAACUCGUUAUGCUCAGUUCGUAUCGCGUGCAGACGCGCGCUCGUAGGGUGCCAGCCAAGCCACAGAGCCCUUCGGCCGCUCUCCAUGGUCGCGCUUUUCCCGGAUACUCACUUUUCCGCGAGUCACGCCUCGCGAAACUUUACGUUCCGAUCGUCCCGACGUAUACGUUACAGAUACGCGGUUUAAUUCCCCCUCGGAGAAACGUAAUUGCUUCUCCAAUUAACCGAAAUCCGCGAUCGGCGAUGUCGCGUUAGGGAUAUCGCGGUCGCGAUUACUCUCGAAAUAUCUCGUUUACCCUCCCCGAGAUACAUUGUGCAUCCCAAUGCGCGGCGCGUUACAUUAUUUAAGUGCACGUAUCGAGUACUCGUCUUACUUACAGUUAGAUUUAUCGCCUAGAGUUAGCGUGUCUUACGCAGUGUCUUACGAGCGUUCGAUAUUAAUUAUUGAGAAAUUAUCGUGACCUGAUAUAUCUUAAGUGUCUAUUUCAUGUUAUAGUUCGCCCAUUCGUCGUAAUCGCGUCGCAUUAAUUAACCGACGGCGAUUACGGCGACUCUACGGCGGUGAUCCUCGGUUAAACGAGUCGUGAAUUAAUAACAAGAGAGGAGAAAAAAAAAUGAAUAAAAAAGCACUUGCGCGAAUCUAAAUACUGUUAAUGUCGAAAUGCCCAUUGCUGUCGGAUCUCUGAUUCUGCGACUGCCCCAGGAUCUCCGAUCCAACGGUAAAGAUCAAAGGCGAGGCUACUUAAAAUUAAACGCAUCGCGCUCUUAUCUGUAUCUUAUCGAUGUCUUUUCGUGUAUAGUUUUUAAGAUUAAAAUGAUACAAUUAGUACACUAAUUACCGACGACACGUUUGUCUCGCGUUCAAUCACGAACUUUACGACGAUUCUGAACGGCCAAAUUCUCGUAUUGUUCCCAACGAGAGGAAAGGAUAAUCAAAACUGACGGGAACGAAGAACGAUUGCCUAAUUAUGCUGCACUUUACACGAAAAGAUGGGAAACGAACGAACGAACGCGAGCGACAAGGAGAAGCAGGGACGCGGUGUGGUUCUAAAUGCAAGCGAGAAUGCUAGUUUUUUCUAACGACUGAAUAUCGAAUCUUCGGGGUGACGAUUCAGCUUGAAAGUUCUUCGAUUUUAAGGAUGUAUCCUGCGUUUAUUUUCUACGUGCAAUAGCGAGGAAUAGAAACAGAUGCGUAAUACACACCACUGACAAUUAUUUGAGUGCAACGAGCCGGGUACGACGGUCUGGACACGCGAGUGUAAUCAUAAGGAACUCUAAAAAUAUUCACGACGAUCGUACUGUUAAUUCAGCAGCUCAACUUAAGUAUCGUAAAGUUCUUACGAUAGGUUUAGCCGAUAAUAAGACUAGUGUAACACACAUGUCCCGCGAUUGAGAUAUAAGGAAAUCAAUAUGAUAUACUUACUACCGUGCGAUUUCGUUCGCGUCAUGGAACGCGGUAACGAAUUACUUUUCGAUUCGCCCGCGUAAUUUUAUUGUACAAGCCGGGAUUAAGUGCGCCGUAGUCGAAUCUUCGGGAAGACACGCAAGACGAGUGAACUCGGAUGCUGGAGAAAACGCGAAUUCUAAGCAACGGAGGAGCCAUGGAGCAAAUCAAAAGCAAAAAUAAAAAAAGAACGAAACGUUACUCGCCUAAGAGGACGCUAAUUCUGUGUAAAUAAUUUCCGAUAUCAUCGCGCAUAUAUUCGCUCUCUUUCGAAAAUCUUGGAAAAUAUAUAUUAUAUUCAUCACGCAAGCCAAAGACCCUUUUCUCUCUCUCAUCGCGUCGCACAACGCAGGAGAUGCGCGCAAGCUUCGCGGUCCUACGCGCUCUGUUGCCGGAGCCCCUCCUGACCACUUUGCAGAAGUGAGUUCAAGCGAAAACGGAUAAUUUUUACUGUUAUUAAUUGCAACGAACUACCACCGUGGACAUUUGGAGCAACGCGAGAGCACAACUUCCGAGCCUUAAAGUUACUCGAGUGCACCGGACGACAGGUGCACCGCGACAAGAUGAAUCGUUACAUUUUUCUCUAAGUGUAAGUCAAUCGCGAUUGUAGUAAUUACAUGUCAUCAGCCCUGCGACCGCGAUCGAAUCGCGCGAUCUGGCCCUCGGUUAUGUCGCCAAAGCAAACCAUCUACGUUCGGCAGCAGAGCCGACGGGGGGGCAACCUUGAGCGCAUCCGUCAUGCCGCAUUUUGUAUAACUUGAAACCGCGACGUUUGGCGUACAUCGAUUACAUUUUUAGCAUACCAUUGUCAGAAUUGCAGGUUCAGCUCGGAAAGUUCCGUCGUUGAAUGGACGUUUAAUGCGAAACGCUCUGAGGAGCGACUACAAAUAAUAUCUCUUUGCUAUUCCGACGUUGCGAUUAACUCCUAAGCGAAGGGAAUGCAAUUAUUUCGAGUGCCGGUCAAUCCGGGGGAGGUGACGCUUGUACGAUAUCACGGAACCGGAAAUGUGAUUAGCUCUCAUAAUUUAGCGUACGUAGGCGAAAACGGUAGAUGCGAAUAAAGUCCAGAGUAUCUUUCUAAAAUAGUAUAUAUAUAUACAUAUAUAUAUACACAUUGCUAAAAUAUUAUUGCGCAAUGAGAAAUUAACUUGCAUAAAUUAUUCGUGUUUUGCAAGUUGCACUUUUGAAAAGUCUGCGAGAUCCGGUGCCACCGUAUAUAUUGUAACAUUAUUUUAUACAGCGUUUCUAAGCGUUUUGUUUUAUAGUAUGUUUUCGCGCGACUUGAAGAAUUGUAAAUAUUGUUGAAAUAGUAUUUAUGUACGUUUGUCGCAUGCAUUUAUAAAUUGCAAUUAUAUUUUUAUCUAUAGACAUAAAACGGGUAAGCGCGACACUUUUCUAGUAAACGCGACAAGCGCUGUCGCGUUUGUUACGGAAAGUGACGAGAAGAUGAUUUCAUGAAUUCGCAAUCUCUCGAAAACUAUAAUAAUUAUUAUCGUCGUAAAAAAACAAGAGAUUUUAACGGAAGAGACAAUGUUACUGUGGACUGCAGCUGAAUGGACUGGAUUUCCCUUGGGUCGGUGAAAUACGCGGGAUAUUUUUAUCAUUAGAAAAUCUAGACGGAUCUAUCAAAAA